CAUAAGCCUCAUGCCUUGUAUACUAACUAUACUAUUCAAUACAUCAAAACUCUUUCUCUCUUCAUGGAGUUGCUAGACUCACUUCUCCUCACUUCAGCUGUCAUUUUCCUCUAUCUAUGGUGCAAAUACUGGUCGGCGAAGGGCGGUGGGCCGCCAAAUCUUCCUCCCGGACCACCAGGAUGGCCACUUAUAGGCAACCUAGGUCAAGUCCUCCUCCAAAAGCGUCACUUUAUAUAUAUUGUACGUGAUUAUCGUAAAAAAUAUGGACCGAUUUUCACCAUGCAGAUGGGUCAGCGUACUUUAGUUAUUGUUACAAGCUCGGAGCUCAUCCAUGAAGCACUUGUGCAGAGAGGACCUCUUUUCGCCAGCCGCCCGGAGGACUCACCGAUAAGGCUUCUGUUUAGUGUUGGCAAGUGUGCUAUCAACUCGGCGGAAUAUGGUCCUUUGUGGCGCACACUAAGAAGGAACUUUUCGAAUGAGCUGAUAAACCCUAGGAGAAUCAAGGAAUGUGGGUGGAUAAGAAAAUGGGCGGUGGAGACUCAUUUGAAAAGACUUCAAGAGGAGGCCUCAAGAGUAGGGUUUGUGGAAGUCAUGAGCAAUCUUCGGCUUACUGUUUGCAGCAUUUUGAUUUGCUUGUGUUUCGGUGCUAAAAUACCCGAAGAGAAGAUAAAAAAUAUUGAGAGUGUUUUGAAAGAUGUUAUGAUGAUGACAACUCCUAAGCUACCGGAUUUCUUACCGGUUCUCACACCGCUGUUUCGACGACAACUGAAGGAAGCCAAGGAGCUCCGGAGGAAGCAACUCGAGUGUCUGGUCCCUCUGGUGAGAAGCAGAAGGGCUUUUGUGGAAAAAGGUGAAAACCCUAAUGGUGAAAUGGUGAGCCCGGUUGGUGCUGCUUAUAUUGACUCACUUUUUCAUCUUGACCUAAAUAACCGAGGCCGGUUGAGUGAAGAAGCCCUCGUAACCCUAGUCUCCGAAGUGAUCAAUGCUGGAACUGACACAAGUGCAACAACUGUGGAGUGGGCUUUACUUCACUUAGUCAUGAACCAAGAAAUUCAAGAAAAGCUCUACAAAGAAAUAGUCAGUGUGGUUGGCGUAGAUGGCCUUGUCACGGAAUCCGAUGUCGAAAAAAUGCCCUAUCUCGGAGCUAUCGUCAAAGAAACAUUCCGGCGACACCCCCCAAGCCACUUUUUGUUAUCUCAUACAGCUAUAAAAGACACUGAGCUUGGCGGCUACACAAUUCCAGCCAAUGUCAGCGUGGAGUUCUACACUGCAUGGGUCACCGAGGACCCGAAUAUGUGGAAAAACCCGGGGGAGUUCAUCCCGGAGAGGUUUCUAGACGGGGAUGGUGUCGACGUCGAUGUGACCGGGAACCGGGGAGUGAAGAUGCUGCCGUUUGGGGCCGGACGGAGGAUCUGUCCGGCGGCUUCUCUUGGUACAUUGCAUGUUUACAUGUUGCUGGCUAGGAUGGUGCAUGCAUUUAAGUGGUUGCCGGUUCCCGGAGCUCCACCCGACCCGAGUGAGACCUUUGCUUUUACUGUGGUCAUGAAGAAUCCUCUUAAAGCUGUUAUUUUGCCAAGGGGGAAAAAUAUCGAGGUUUGAUAAUGAUCUGUAACGAAUUGUUUAGAUGCGUGUCCGUGAUUUGGAUUGUUUGCCCUAGUACAAAAGAGUUGGUUGUAUCAUGUGGGGGCCAUUAAUUAUAUAUCUGAAACUGUAAGAAUUCUGUGUGAUUUAUAUUGUUUUAAUUCUGAAGCGUUGGUCGAUAUAUUAAAUAUGUAAUUUUUGCUCA